AUGGUUCGAAUCACCACCUGGAAUGUCAACGGCAUUCGCAAUCCCUUUGGCUACCAGCCAUGGAGAGACAAGAGGACUUUCGAGGCCAUGUUUGACACUCUCGAGGCCGACAUCGUCGUGUUCCAAGAAACAAAGAUCCAGAGGAAAGACCUUCGAGAUGAUAUGGUUCUGGUACCUGGAUGGGACAACUACUGGAGUCUCCCCAAGCACAAGAAAGGAUACUCGGGCGUCGUCGUCUACACUCGAAAUGCCACCUGCGCCCCCAUCAAGGCUGAAGAAGGCAUCACCGGUAUCCUGACGCCUCCAAACUCCAGCACCAGUUUUCGAGACCUGCCAGUCGAAGAACAAAUUGGCGGAUAUCCAAGCUUCGAGCAAUUGUCAACAUCUGAUUACGAUCCUGCGACCCUCGACGCCGAAGGUCGAUGUGUCAUCCUCGAAUUUCCCGCCUUCGUCCUCAUCGGUACUUACUGUCCUGCGGAGCGAGAUGAGACUCGAACCCACUAUCGCACGAGUUUCCUCAACGUCCUCGAUGCCAGAAUCCGGAACCUGGUCAAGAUGGGAAAGAGGGUGGUAUGGACAGGGGACAUGAACAUAUCGCGAGAACAGAUUGACACAGCCGCCGCUGAGGACAGCAUGAGAAAAAACGGCGUUGACGCUGCAGAAUGGAUAUCGACUCCGGCGAGGCGGAUGCUGAAUCAGUUGCUCGUCGGCGGCCAGGUCUUUGGCGAAAGAGACCACGGAAGAGAGACACCAGUCAUGUGGGACGUGUGCCGCGCAUUCCAUGAAGGUCGCAGAGGGAUGUACACGUGUUGGGAGACCAAAGUCAAUGCGAGGCCUGGCAACUAUGGCGCCAGGAUUGACUACAUCAUCUGCAGCCAUGACAUGAAGGAGUGGUGGAGUGAUUCCAACAUCCAAGAAGGUCUCUUGGGCUCGGAUCACUGUCCAGUGUAUGCUGUGCUGAAAGACAAAGUCAUGGUGGAUGGGAAAGAGGCGCACAUGCUAGACCUGCUCAAUCCGCCUGGCAUGUUUGAGAAUGGCGUGCGCCAACAACCAUGGUCGACCAAAUGCUUGCUGGCCUUGUCGGGGAAAUUGAUUCCAGAGUUUGACAAGAGACAAAGCAUUCGCGAUAUGUUCACGAGAAAGCCGACCCUGCCAAAGUCAAGAAGCACGAUCGAUGACGAUGCGGACAAGCAGGUGGGAACGUCGCAAUCAUCACUCACUGCAACAGCUGUUGAGUCAGCGACAACAUCAGCUGAGACCGACGACCGUGCUGCUUCGUCGCGAUUGUCGUCGAUCCCAUUACCAUCGAAACCAACCAACGGCAAACGCACUGCAAAGGCGAUCGAGAACCUUCCCUCGACGAAACGCAGCAAGUCAGCAUCGCAGUCAACGUCAAUCACCGUCGGCAAAGGCCAGCAAAGCCUAAAGGGAUUCUUCUCGGCGAAAGCCCCUUCGAGUAAGAUCAAGGAAGAACCACAGGUGAAAUCCACGGAAGCACAGCACGCCAUUCAUCCGGCACCCACCGUUUCGAUGGAAGACUCGCCCGAUGCAUACAGGUCAAGACCAAGCUCCACGGCAAUGGCAGACGACGACAGUACCAGGACGGGAAUGGGAGCUGUCGACAGUACCAGGACGAGAAUAGGAGCUAUCGACAGUACCAGGACGGAAAUGGCAGCAGUCGACAGUACCAAGACGGCAAUGGCGGACGACGACAGGACCAAGACGGAAUCGGCAGCUGUCGACAGUACCAAGACGGAAACGGCAGCUGAUGGCGUGGAAGCCGGGGAUAUCAUCUCGCCCGCCAAAACAAAACAAUCGUGGGGAAAGCUGUUCUCCAGGCCGGUCGCUCCCAAGUGCGAACACGAUGAACCGUGCAAGAUCAUGGUGACCAAGAAGGCCGGCGUGAAUUGUGGCCGGUCAUUCUGGAUGUGCAAUCGACCACUGGGACCGAGCGGGAAACAGGAGAAAGGGACGCAGUGGAGGUGUAACAUGUUCAUAUGGGCUAGCGAUUGGGACACUCAUACACCUCAAGAUCAAUAA